GUCGCGAUUGGUUCAAAAUCCAUAACUGGCCUCCGAGAGCCAGGUGUCGUUCACACCGCGGCCUCGCGCGCCUCGUCUCGUAACUCGUUAAUCACUCGUGUUCGCUAUUGUUAUAGCGCGUCGUACAGCCAUCUUUGUCAAAUUACGGGCGAUUCAUUUCAUUAAUUUGGUUUGGUUUAACAAAUGGAACAAAACAUUGAUAGUGUUACUGACGCGACGCGUAGAGGAAUCAAGCUCAUUAUAACAUUCUCUUUUGUUUUAUCGCCGACAACGCUUUGUUGAAUGGAAGCGUUACAACGUUUACGGCGUUAACGAUCAGUCGACCAUUAAAAUGAUGGAUGAUGUCGUCUUUUGCAAAAACUGUGUGAAGUGAUCUAUUUACUAAAUAAUGUAAACGGUGUUUUUGGUGUUUAUGUUUGGGCGUUCGUGUGAUCAAAACUGCGUCUUAAUUGUCGUACACAUUGCAUAAAUGACUGGAAUGGCGUUGCGGAGCGCGCGGGCCGGAGCAUGCGCGCCAGUUUCCUUGCUAUCGCUGGGAACGCACUGAAAUGUCCUUCGUUUAUGUGCAUAUCAAAAUGGGAAGGUCCAGGUUCCCAGGGAAACCACUCAAGUUUCAUAAUAGAAAGCGCAUUAGUGUAUUGUCGGGUACUGUUUACCACGAAAAUGCUGCAAAUGAUAACCAUGCAGCCAGCCGCAGUUCGGCAACCAAUGACUUUUCUGGGGAGAAAGAGGAAGAAGAAAAGAAGGAAAAUAAUAAUGAAAAAGAAGCAAAUUCAGAGAGCAGUGAAGAUAAAGAGAGUGUAGUGAAUGAUAAACAAGAAAAUCAAGAAAAUAACAGUGAUCCCUCUAAAUCACCAGUGCGAACUAGAUCACAAAAUAAAAUGGAACCUCAAAAGAGUGAUAAAGUCAAACCAGUGAAGAAAACAGUGACAUUUGGUACAGUUGAAAGUUGUGAGGACAUAUUCUUACCUCUGAAAAAAGUUCCCAUAAAACACCAUGCUCCACUUGUUUCCAUCAUUAAAAAGAAAUCAGCACUUAAGCAAACAGAGCAUUCUUUUAAUAGUAUUUUAAAACCAGCUAAAUUAACUGACCUAAGCUCAAAAUCGUCAUCAGAAUAUCAAGAGGGCUACUUAAAGAAAAACCUAAAUCCACUUUCAAAGGCAACAAAUAAAUUUUCUCAAUUCAGUGAGAGCAGGUGUAUGUCUCCUCCACCAAGGAUUACUUCACCAAUUGAAAAAGAAAGUAUAGGUUCAGUUAAAUUCUUGCCAGUUAGAAGCAGUCAUUCUUCAAGAGUUAUUAAACCUAAUAAAAGAUUUAUAGAUGGAGAAGAACAGACAUCUGUAUCAAGUAGCAUCAGCUCUGGAAAAGUUCUAAAGAAACCAAAAUUAAAGAGGCUAGUAUUUAAUAACUUGCAUGAUGAUGAAGAUUCAGCACCAGAGGAGGAGUCUGAGAAAAGUGACAAUCGGGAUAAGCAAUCAUUAUCAUCAUGUAGCCUUUUUAAAGAAAAGACUAAAAAUUCAUUUUCGGGUCUGAAUACAGGUUCUCGAAAAACACAGGAUUUGUUUUCAUAUGAAAAAGAGUCUGAUUUUCCCCAAGAUGAAAAUUCUAAUAUUGAUGAUAAAUUAAAAUCACCUGAACAUAAUAAGGAGGAAAGACCUGGUCACACUAUGAGAAAACUUAUGGACAUAUCUGAUGCAAGUACGUCAAGUAAUUCAAGUAGUGGAUCAGAGUCAGAGGAGAGUUGGGAUAGUGACAGCCCAAGAAAUAGUGGUGAUGAAGAAGAGAAACAACCACUAGUAAGCCCAGAGAAAGAUAAAUCAUCUGCUUCCCAAUUAUUGAGUGGGAAAGUAAUUAUAAGAGAAGCAAGAUUACAACUUGCCACAACACCACCAGCAUCUGGGUUAGAUGGGCCAUUCUCAGCACUUACUGCACCUUCGUCAAACAAUCCACCAACUACUGUGACUUGUGGAGUGUGUGGGGCAGUACGAUUUUAUAAAUUUGUCAAGCAAGCUAGAAAAUUUGGUAUAUAUUCAUGCGAGUCAUGUCGUAAAUUUGUAUCAAAAUUACUUAAAAAGGACCGGAUGGCAUUACGAACUUCACCACUAGUCCUGCACUGUGUAAGAGGUGAAGGCAAUUGUCAAGUACCUCCCAUAGUACGUUCACAGCAAUGGAAAUUGUUUAAAUGCUCCAAUAAGGCAAGAUGUCCAGCAUGCUGGCUGAAGCUAUGUUUGAAAGCUUUCCAAGUACCAUCAGAUAAGAAAGCAAUUUUAAUGUCUAUGCUACCAUCAUACAUGAAACCUGGAUCUAAAUCCAAUGUUCCUCUUGCACAAUUGAAAAUGGGAUCUAGUGCUAAUACAGGUCCAGUCUUUAGUGCAUUAACUACAAAUGAAACAGAUAAUAACAUCUUCUCAUUGAAAACAUCAAAGAAAAAUGAAGGAUUUGAGGAGGACAAUUUGAAACCACAAAAAGAACGACACGGUGAAAAGGAGAAAGAUCCUGAUAGUAACAGAAAACGUCGUUUGGCUAAAAUUAAAGUACGAAAGAAAGAGAAGAAUGAUGCCAAACAAAUUGAGGAUCCCAAGCGACAGAAGAUGGAGCUAAAAGGACCCCGUGUUAAACAUGUUUGUCGAAGUGCUUCCAUUGUCUUGGGACAACCUAUUGCCACAUUCCCAACUCAAGAAGAAAAGGAGAAACCAGAAAAAUCUGUGCAAUCUGAUGAUGAUGUUCCUAUGACUAUAAUAGAAAAGGACAGAGUGACACCAGACUUAUCAAGUUGUGAAUCUGAAGAUACAGAGAACAAAUUGCAAAUUGUUCCAGAGCCUCCAUCAAAGGAUAGUGACCAAGAAGUACAGAUUGAACCUAAAAAGAGGAAGAUUGAAGUUCCAGUUGUUGCAAAACCAGCGAAAAUUGAAUCUAGUGAAGAUGAAACUAUCCUUGAUUUGGUUCCAAAGAAGUCAAGCUUAAAACCACUGACAAACAUUACAAAUAUACGUGGACGAUCACAAAAAUGCGGCCAGAAUCGACCAGAGCUGAUUUGUGUCGAUUUUUGGGAGAGUUAUGAUCCUGAUGAAGUAUGCAAUUCUGGUUUUGGGCUGAUUGGCACAGCUCCCUUUACUGUGGCAAAGUUGUGCUUUUUGUGUGGAAGUGCAGGAAAGGAAAAGAUGCUCGUGUGCUCGAGCUGCUGCGAGUGGUACCACAGCUGGUGCGCGGAGGACGCGGGCGGCGGCGACGGGUGGACGUGCGCGCGCUGCGUGUGGUGCGCCGCGUGCGCGCGCCCCGCGGCCCGCCUGCGCUGCCGCUCCUGCGCCAAGCACUACCACGCCGCGUGCUUGCCCGCUGCGCCGCCGGACCAUCGCAGUGAUUGGCCGCAGAUAUGCAGUGCAUGUUUGAAAUGCAAGAGCUGUGACAGCAGUCGUGUCAAUAAGUUUGUUGGGAGCCUCCCAUUCUGCCGGCCUUGUUUCAAACUAAGACAGAAAGGAAACUACUGUCCCUUAUGCCAAGCGUGUUACAGGGAUAAUGACUUUGAUAGCAAGAUGAUGGAGUGUGGCUGGUGUGCAAGAUGGGUACAUGCAAGUUGUGAGGGUCUAUCAGGGGAAGGAUAUCAACUACUAUCUGCAUUACCUCCCUCUAUUGAAUACAUAUGCUGUAAGUGCAUGCCUCACGAUCCUCCAUGGCGGAAAAUGCUUACUGAACAUCUCAAAACAAGACUAUUACACCUUCUAAAGCUUCUUGCGAAGAAUAAGAAAGCCUGCGCUCUAUUGAAACUUACGCCUCACAAGAAUACACCCGUCCCAAAUAAACCUUACAGACUUACAUCACCACAAGCUAUAAGAAAGCUCCACUUUGAUACUGGAGAUGAAACAAUGAAAAAUACUUCAGAAACUAAGGUUUAUAGAAACACCGCAAAGGGUCGACGGAAUAAUAACAAUACCCAAAAUAAGUCUGAUGAAGCAAAUUCUACGCAAACAUGGCAAUGCCCAUCUUUACUAAAAGAUGUUGAGAUGGAAAAAGAGGACAUUCCACAUACAUCUCAUAAAGUGGUCAACUUACAAGAACCCUUAAUGCAAAAUAAAGAAAUAUGUUUUUCUACCGGUCUUUAUAGUACCAAAACAGAUUUUAACACACCAUGUGUUGAAGUCCACGAAAAUAAUAUACCACAAAAAGAAGAAAAAAUAACUGCAAUAGCACCUGUACUGCACGAUAAUAAAUAUGAACCAAUCUCUGAUGACGACGAGCCUAUUAGUCGGUUUCCACAAGCUCGAAGUGAACAGGAUCUAAGUCCUGCAAUGAUAAGACAACCAAAUCAAGAUGAAGUAAUGGAAGAUUUAAGCCGAUUUAUUUCUCCAUCAUUAUUGGAUAUUAAAAAACGAGUCAACAGUGAUGAAUACAUUUCAUUAAAAGAUUUCAAUCAUGAUAUGAAGGAAGUGAUAGAGAGAACUGCAAGUGUUGAUUUGACAUCUAUUUAUAAAGACUUAUUUUCGGAAACAUUCCCAUGGUUUGAUUGUGAGAAUAAUUGCUUACAACCUAAUUUGGAAGUUGAAGGAGAGCAAGACGAUACAGAAUCUCUUAAAGAUCAUGAGAUGUCUGAUACUAAAGGCUUUAAAACAACUGUUCACUCUGUUGAAAGGCCACUCGAUCAGAUGGUUCCGAAAUUGGAAGCCGAAAGACAGAAAGAAGAAGAAGAUCUAUUGGAAUUUUAUCCAGUAGCAGACUCACGGAUAUGUAUUCUUUGUAAAUCCAGUAGUGACGGGUUGCCAUCUAUGGAAGGCCGCCUAUUAUACUGUGGGCAAAAUGACUGGAUCCACGCCAAUUGCGCGUUAUGGUCUGCAGAAGUGUUUGAAGAAAUUGAUGGGUCACUCCAAAAUGUCCAUUCUGCAAUUUCACGAGGAAAGAUGAUUAAAUGCGCUGCUUGUGAAUUGAAAGGAGCUAGUGUUGGUUGUUGCGCAAAAAAUUGCAGUGAAACUUAUCAUUAUGCAUGCGCUAGAAAAGCUAAUUGCGCAUUUAUGGACGAUAAACGAGUAUUUUGUCCAACUCACGGAAAAGACGUACCAAAAAAGAGUUUACAAAAAGAUGCUGAUUUUGAAUUAACAAGACCAGUUUAUGUAGAACUUGACAAGAAAAAGAAGAGAUACAGUGAAAUUUGUAAAGUACAAUUUUUAAUGGGAUCAUUAUGUGUGAAUAGCCUUGGAAAAAUUGUACCCUCCGUCUCAGAUUUUGAGGAAUUCUUAAUGCCUGUGGAUUUCUCUUGCACUCGACUAUUUUGGUCUUGUAAGAAACCUACUAAAAUUGUACGAUAUACAAUUAAGACUAAACUUAUAUUAGCAGAACCAUUACCAGGAUUUGACUUUGGAGUUAAUAUAACAGUUGAUCACACUAUGGAUGUGCAAGUUGUUGAACGUGUGAUAGCUGAAAUAGGCGCAUGGCAUCAGAGCUUAGAAACAGGUUCAAGUAAGUCGGUUCUAAUGCGAAAAAAUGACCGAUCGCCGAUUAAAUUCGGAAAUGCGGUAACACUAGAAGAUUUGGCGGUUAAACAAGUUGUUGAGUACCUACUUGAUAAUGUCUGUAAACAGGAACAACAAGAUGAAGAAGAGCCCCAGAAUACAGCUGAUCUUUUACCUCCUGAAGUGAAAGAUGCUAUUUUUGAGGACCUCAAUCACGACCUGUUAGAUGGUAUAUCAAUGCAAGAUAUAUUUCCCAAACUAAUGUCUUAUGAAGAUCUUGUAGCUAUGGACUUAAAGAGUGAAUUCUAUGGAGCAAUGAAUCAAUCUGAUGACAAGUCGGAUACGCGAUCUACGGAUUUCCUUGAUGAAUUACUCAAUGCACGCCUAGAAUCAGGAAGUAAAGAGUUGAAAAGAAGUAAAUCUGAAAUGCUGUUACAAAACCAUAGUCUUAAAUCGUUGACUACGGGCCGUGGACAACAGAGAUCGUCCAGCCUGACAUGGAAUAAUAAGUUUGACACUAGCUUGCUAUCAUCUACUAUUAAACGUUGUAAGAUGGGAAAAUCUUCUACUGUGACAGGGAAAAUGAGCCCAGUACAGAGAAUGCUCUUACCAGAACCCACUCUUGACACAAUUAAAGAAACUGACAGAACCAAUUGUGAUAAAAAACCUAAACGUGAUCCAGGAAGUACAAGUGAUUUAUGUCCUGAAGUACCACAUACAUCAGGUAUUAACUAUCGUACUACAUCUCCAAAACAAAAGGAAGAAACUAGCAAUGAGAAACCUGAUAAAAACGAAGGAUAUUAUACCGAUGUGAUAGAUUUCUAUACAAAGAUACAGUGUAGUCCAAUUUCACAAUUAGAUGGAGCUGCAGAUUGGUCUGGUUCAGAAAGUAAUUGUAGUUCGCGACCUGGCAGCCCCCAAGACGAUUUUACACCAAUCCAACAACUAGAUGGAGCCGAAGAUCAUCUCGGUGACCAUACUCCUAAAACAAAUCAAUUUUUGUACAGAGCUUCAGGGUCUGAAAGCACAUAUACAGUUACAAUUGCUGGAAAUUCAAUCAGUGGGCAACCAGAAUUGGUAAUGCGUCCGUUAGACGACAAUUCUGCAUCAUCUGGUCAAAUGGAGCAGUUGGUUAGGUGUGACAGAUGUCAAUGUACUUAUAGAAAUAAAGAAUCGUAUGACAGACACAUUCCAUCCUGCGAUAUGAUGUCGACGAGUGAGAGCGAAAGUGAAAAUCCAAAAUCUCCAGAAAAUCGAACAUUAACAACUUUGCAGAAUGCUUUCCAGAAUGCAUUUGCACAACCUAUGAUCAUCCACGCAGGAGUUGUAAGUGGGAGCGAAAAUACUGUAAAAGCAGAAUCAAUUUCUACAAGAAGAACAUCAAUAAACACGAGACAAAUAACGAUUAACGGUACGAUUGUUGAAACUCCCUCCCCAGGGCCUAGUAACGAGAUGACAAUGACUAUAACAGAGCAAAUGAAAUCUGGGACUGUUAUAUUUGAUCAAAGCAAAACAACAAAUGUACAGGUUUCUUCUAAUCAACAAGUUCUUUCAUCACCACAAAUUGUUGUAACACCUCAAAUGUUAUUACCAAAAACAAGUUCUGCAGGGGGACAAAAAUUAAUGGCACCCCAGAUUAUAACUCAGCCUGGCCUCUUACCCUAUAAUAUCUGUGUCAAACCUGGAAGUGGAAAUACAAAUAUUCAACAAAUUCAAAGUGGGGCUGACAUGACUCAUUUAUUUACAGGGUCUGGUGGUAUUCAAGUAAUAGCUUCGAAUUCAAAUCAAGUGCUAACAAUUCCGAAUCAGACGAUGAUCCAAGGAAAAAGUCAGAUAACUAAUUUUCCAAACAUGGCAAGUGCUUCAUCUAUAGCAUUGCCUGUAAAUUCUAUUCAGAGUAUGCCAAAUACAUCUAUAAUACAAAAUAUUCAACCAAUGAUAAGGCCACAGCUUCAGGGCAAUCCUACAAUUGUUGUACCAGCAAUGACUACGCAACGUCUGUCUUCGCCAAACUCUCAAAAUAAACAACAGAUACUACUAUCUGGAAAUUCACAGAAAUCACCCAAGAAGCAACCUGCACCUGUACAACCCAAACCAAUUUAUCAAGCUGCAAAUAGAGGGCGUGGAAGAACAAUGCCUAAACCCGCCAAUACAAUUAAAAGACAGACUAAAUUAGAAAAAACAAUUACAACUAUCAACCAAUCGCCUCUGGGCCCAGGAAACACUGUUAUUCAAUUGCAAACAAAUAGUCAAACUGGGCAACCAUCGAUUAUAGUGCAACCUAUGGCAAAUCAAAAUAUAAUGUCAUAUGUUGAAGCAUUAUCACAGCAACAAAAUCAAAACAUGCAAUAUAUAGCAACCAUUGCUCCCCAAGGUGAUUUUAAAACAGGUGCAACGCAAUUUAUUUCUCAAGGUGGGCUUAUGCCACAAACAUUCCAAAUACAACAGACAGAAUCAGGUGGGCUUGUUGCUGUUCCAAGUGGCGGCAUUCCUGUACUUCUACCUCAAGGAAAUGUUGUACUUCCUCAAACACUACAGCAGGGAGCUACUAUUCUACCGCAAGGCGCAAUACAAACCCAAGGAAUUCUAUCACAGGGUCCUAAUGGCCCAACAAUUUUGCCACAAGCAAUUCACACCCAGAAUGGAACAACUAUCAUUCCUCAGGGGACAAUUCAGGGAUUAACACAAGGAAAUUUAACUUCUCAAACUGCAACACUUCUACCCAAUAAUACUUUACAAACAGCCGGAGCAACUGUCGUGCCGCAAAGUGGAAUUGGAAAUGGUCAAACAACAAUUAUUCCAAAUGCAUUGCAAUCUCAAGGGAAUACUAUAAUUUCACCAGCUACUGGAACAACUAUUUUACCACAGGGCACCCUUUUACCUCAAUUUUGCAAUGAUCAAGUAAUUUUAGGGUCCACAAACACAUUAGAAAUGGUAACUGAUCCAUCCGGCUGUAUGUAUUUGACCACCCAGCCUGUGUACUAUGGAUUGGAAACAAUUGUACAAAACACAGUAAUGUCAUCACAACAGUUCGUAUCAACUGCAAUGCAGGGUGUGCUUGCUCAAAAUAGUAGCUUUUCUGCAACUACAACACAAGUUUUCCAAGCAAGUAAAAUAGAACCAAUAGUGGAAGUUCCAACCGGAUAUGUUGUUGUUAAUAGUGUUGGUGAUAGUGUUGCUACUCAAGUUGCUUCGUCGGCACCUAACGUUGUCACAGCUCAGACAGUGCAAUCAUCACCUCAAGUGCUGAAGAAUGUAAAGACGUCGGUUCCCAAUUUGACAUUACAACCGCUCCCUGAUAAGCAAACACAUAAUCGUCAAACACCAAAAGUUGUGCAAAUGGGUCCAGCACAAAUGACUUUAGGAUCUCAAUCCGUUGCUAAUCUGAUAAGUGGAAAGCAUACGCUUAACCCAAUAACAUCGCAAGUCCAUAACAUGACUUUAGCAAACAAUGCCCACAAUAUUCAGAAAACUAUUAUUUCGAAACAUAAUAAUGUUUCAAUGUCUCCAAAUGUGACACUUGUAUCAUCUACAGGACAACCAGUAAUGGCAAUAUCUCAAUCAAUGCCUAAUUCAGUAUCUGUUCCGUUUUCAAUGCAAUCAAUACCUUUAUCGCAGCCUAUAGUAUCGAGUUCAAUUUCAUCAAAUAAGAAUAAUUCUAUGAAGAUAGAAAAUUCACAUGUAAUCGAAAUUAGUGGAAACUUGAAUGAAAAUUCUAAUUGCAACAGCAUGCCCACAAUAAGUGUCACCCAAAGUACUAAGUCACCAACGCCAUGGAGGCAAAUGAAUCCUCCAACCAGUAUUAAUAUGGGAGAUAAUAAAAUCGAGAUUCAUAACAUAGGGCUAAAAUCUAGUGUGGCUUCUAUGGCGACUAGCAUGAAUAAUACGGUAACUGGACGUCAAAUUUCUCACAUGGAUUUAGACAAAGCAAACCAGAAUUGCUUGCUAUCGAUUAAUAAUUCUAAUUCGGGAUCUAGUUCGUUACAUCCACAUCAAUUUGAUGUGAAUACACAUAAUAAUCAUCAUUCAUCUGCAAACUCCUCUAAUAAUAUGAUCCAAAUAUCUUCAGGAAAUAUUUAUUCACCUGCGUGCUCUUUAUCGAAUAACUUUGAUGCGGAUACGACUUUAAAAUUAAGUAAAAUAAAUGCGCUUUCUAAAACAGAAGGAGGCCAUAUGAACUUUUCGCAAGAAAUAAUGGCAGCGCAUUCGCAACAGCAUAUCCAAAAUGAGAAAACAUUCCAAAAUAUGGGGAAUAACGACAAGCAUAAUGCAGAUAAUAUGCUUGGUUCAAUGAGUAUUCAUAAAAUGAGUAGUUGCCAAGUUGCGAAUAAUAUGAAUAAUUCAUCUUCACCUUCAAUAAGUAUCAUUCCCCACAAUACAAUACGGCCCCAAAUGCAAAACAAUCAAAAUUCAAUAACCAUCACAAACAAUCAAAAUCAAAUGUGCGCUAUUUCAAGUGGUUCUAGUCAUGGUCAAAUGCAAAUUAUGAACUCGGUUAAUACAUCAAUGCAAAACGUUAAUAUGUCAUGUCAGGAACUAACAAACAACAGAGUUAGCGUUUCUGCCCCAAAUGACAAUAAUUUGCAACAAAGUAAUCAACAACUCGACAUGAACUCUUCCAUGAAUAGUUCAACUAUGACGCAUGGCAGUAUGCAAAUAAUUUCGCAUGACAAUUCUCAGAUUCCUCAAGGAAAUCAGAUCCAUAUUAUGAAUGGACAAAUUCAGCAUAAUCGUCAAGCAGAAAAUAGUCAUCUCCAACAGCAACAAUUAAAUUCCGUAUCAAACAAUCGAUCGUAUCACGACAACAUGCUUAACAAUCAGACAAAUCAACACCAAUCAAAUUUAAUUUCUAAUCGCAGUACUCCAGAUAACAGUAACAUGAUGAACCAAAACAUAAAUAUGCAUGGUUUGUCCAAUACCCACAAUAUGAAUCGCUCCGAUAUUAAUAAUAUGGGUCAUAUGCAUAUGAAUCAAUCUUUGAAUAAUAUUAAUAAUAUGCAAAAUAAUAGAAUGAUGAUAGAUAAUAUGCAACAACAUUCAAUAAAUAAUAUGAACAACCUGAAUCACCAAAUUCAUUCCAACCGAUCGAUGGAGUCUUUACAUAAUCACCAAAUGCAUUCAAUGCAACAGCAAAUGAAUCAUCAUGUUAAUAAUAGUGGCAGGUCACAGAUGGAAAGCAAUAUGCACAUAAAUCAACAAAUGUCAAUGCAGCAAAACAGGCAAAUGGAGAAUAUAAUGCAUCACCAUCAGCAUCAAAUGCCCAACGUUAUGCAAAUUCAAAAUAACCGCUCACAUAUGGACAAUGGUUUAAUGGAUAUGCAUCAACAUGUUUCAAAUCAAAUGCAUAGUCGACAGCAAAUUGAUAACAAUAUGCAUAUGCACCAUAUGCAAGGCAAUAAUUCAAACAUGAAUCACAGUAAUCAAAUGGAUAAUACGAACUCUAUGCCGCCAAUGCACAAUAUUAGACAUGAAAACAAUUCUAUGGUCAUGCAAAACCACAAUUCUUUGAAUCAAAUUCAAAGUAAUAGAUCUUCUUUGGAACACUCGAAUUUAAUGCAACAUCAAAUGAAUAAUAUGAAUUCAGUGAACAAUAUGAACAUGCAUAGCAAUAUAAACAGUUCGAUGCAAAUAAAUAAUGCAAGCCAUCAACAAAUGAAUAAUUCCAUAAUGCAUAUGCCAAACAUACCGGAUAUAAAGAAUGAAAUACAAAAUGCUUGCGGCGGUACUUGUUCGAACAACACUUCCCAGUUUUCAACUAACCAAUCGUUUGAAUUAUGUACGAAUAUGAACCCAAAUAAUAAUCUGAACUUGAACAAUACCGGAAAUAUGAUGCAUAAUUUAGGAAUAAAUAAUACCAAUAUGUCUAAUAACAUGAUGAUGAACAAUGUGAACAAUACAUCCAUUUAUGGUAAUAAUAGUCAAAGCAACUUAUCCGCACAUGAUAUGCUGAUGAGUUGUAACACUUCUUCAGAUCACAACAAUCUGAUGUCAGGCAAUACAAAUCACAUGAUGAUGAAUAAUUCAACUUCACUGAACAAUACCAACCAGAAUCAAAUAUUGGGAAAUCAAGUUUCUAGUAACACACAGAUGAAUAUUAAUAGUUGCAUGAAUUCCAGCAAUGCAACACAGAGUUCACUUUCAAAUAUAGAGAAUCAAAUUAAUAAUCGAAACAAUAUGACCAUCAAUGAAUCACCUAAAUUUAAUACUGAAAAUAUGAGAGGUAAAAAUAUAAUGACUUCAUCCAAUAAUAACAUGACAAUUACAAACCUUCCGAAUAAUGAUUGUAGCAAAGUUAAUAUUGUUGGAGGAAAUGAUAAACAAAACCAUACUAUAUCUGUAAGCAAUCAAAUGAAUUUCAUGCAGAUGAAUCCUCCAAAUGCCAAUAGAGUUAUUAAUUUACCUGAGAGGAAUAGAAUAAAUAAUUCUAAUUUAGACGGAGCUUUAUCUCAAGUACCUCAACAGCACAACAUCCGUGUGGUCACUAAUAAUACCAAUAGUAAUGUGUCUGGUAUCACGCCAGAUCCAUUAACAUUCCAGCAGAAGACUGAAUCUAGCAGUACAAUGAUAAAUGUUCCGUUCCAGGCAAUACCAAAUAGUGCUCCUAUGAAUAUCAACGUGAAUUCUAGUAAUAACACUGUAAAUAUAACUGUCCAAAACAAUCUAGUGGAUCCAAAAAUAGCAUCUAAAGCUGCCGAUCUCAACUUCCCGCUUCCUUCCACCACCAAUUUAUUACAAAAUCAAAAUAGCACAAACAACAUGAUUUGCAUUCCUGUGCAGAAUAGCACAAUAAAUUUGCCCACUCAGAAUAGUACCAGUAUUACAUUGCCAAAAGCACCACCAACACAGCAAUCUGGCAUUCCGACUAAUGUUGUCAAUCCAAUGUCAAUGAGACCUAUGAAUAGGGUUUUACCUUUACAUAGAGAUGGACAAAGUAAACUUAAAUCUGUUGGAGUAAAAACACCUUCAGUUCCAAAGCAAAGACCAGUCAGUCAUGAUAUGCCGGAUUUAAACGUGAAAGAUGAGACUAUCGACAGUGACUUAGAAAAAGCUAUUGAAGAGUCGAAGAGAAUGAUGGAACUUGAAAAGGCUAAAAGAGAAAAGGAAGAAAGAGAUGCAGCAAGAACUCUACGUUUAUCAAGUGAGAUUCCUCAAGCGAAUACAAGUGCAGCAUCAUCAGACGCAUCAGCUGGAAGGGCUUCUGAAAGAUCUGAAUCAAUUCCAAAAAUGACUUCAUUACCCAGUUUAGAUGCAAUCGAACCCGAACCACCGAAAGUGCUGAUUGAAAAAGACGUAAAUAAAGCGCCAGCAUUACCUGCAAAAGUAACAGCAAAUGCAACUAAUAAGAUCAUGAAGCGACCAUUAAGCGACAAAAGGUCAGAAUCUGAGGCAGCCAUUACUAAGAAGCAAAACAAAAUACAGAAAAAUCAAGAAAAUAAACCUGCAUUGCCGAAACAAGCUCCAGAGCCACCAAAGGAUGAUGGGCCAAAAUUGAUAUAUGAAGUGACAUCGGAGGAUGGAUUUAACUACAGUUCGUCGUCUUUAUCUGAUUUGUGGUCCAAAGUUAUAGAAGCAGUUCAGAAUGCUAGAAAAGAUUCUGGACUCCCACUUAUGCAGUAUAAUCUUCCAUCAACUUUAUCUGGCGCACAUUUACUUGGACUGAACAAUAAUGCUUUGAGAUAUCUAAUCGAACAACUGCCUGGAGCGAAUCGCUGCACCAAAUACAAGAUACGACAGGGACGCCCUCUGAAUAGCUGGGAUAACGACUUGGAUCUCAGCGAAGGGUUCAAAGAGAGUCCUUGGGGAAGUGCUCGCACGGGACCGGUGGCGAGGAAACAGAACCACGACAUGUUUAGUUGGAUGGCGUCGCCGUUUAGAGAAGAGCCGCCUCCCUUUGGUGGACAAGAGGGAGAAAGCUCUAUUUCCAGGCGUUUGGCGACAUUACCUCCAGCGAUGAGAUUUAGACAACUAAAAGAGACCUCAAAAGCUUCAGUGGGCGUGUAUAGAUCACACAUACAUGGACGUGGUCUAUUCUGCAAACGUGACAUUGAAGAAGGCGACAUGGUGAUAGAGUAUGCGGGCGAAGUGAUCCGCGCGGUGCUGGCGGACCAGCGCGAGAAGCGGUACGAGGCGACGAGCGGCCGGCGCGGCGUCGGCGGCUGCUACAUGUUCCGCAUCGACGACAACCUCGUCGUCGACGCCACGCUCAAGGGCAACGCGGCGCGGUUCAUCAACCACUCGUGUGAUCCAAACUGUUACUCUCGCGUCGUUGACAUCCACGGCCACAAACAUAUUCUGAUCUUCGCUCUGCGGCGCAUCACCGUCGGCGAAGAAUUAACCUACGAUUACAAGUUCCCCUUCGAAGAAAUCAAGAUACCGUGCACAUGUGGAGCUAAGAAAUGUCGCAAGUACCUCAACUAAUUACCAACAUGUUGAUUAUCUGUGCUUUCUAUUUUGUGUCAAUUACGACAAAAGACUAUUUCUAUCAGAGACAAUCUGCACCAAGUAUGGGCGGAGAAUUAAAAAGCUGCUAACGGCAACUAAACUAGUAUCACACGUUUGAACAUCGACUUAAUUAGGAAAUUCUUAUAGAUUAGUCUACUUAAUUGUAUUUCAUUGCAUUGCGAUUAAGAUACAUAUUUCAACUUAAUUUUCCCAUAGCAUAAUUUUAUGGAAGUACAUUACUGAUUUAGACGAUAACAUUUUUGAUAAUUUUGAUGAAAGAGUUAUUUUUAUGGUAUGGAUAAAGAUCUCGUUACAAGGUUAUCCUUCCCGAAGGAACGUAUGUACGGGAUGAAAUGCUGGGUCGAGCACAAAUUUGCGUGUAGAUAGUAUAUAUAAGACAAUAAGUCCAAAUCACAUAUCGCGAUGGUCCCACCUCAUAUUGACAUAAUAUUCUGUGCCAGUGGAGAUUGGACACGUUUACAUGAAUCUUGUUAUGAUCUCUUUAUUGAAUCUGCCCAGUGUUUAAAAUUGUUGGAUUGUAUAUUUUAUUGGUUUUUAACUAAAAUAUAUUUCGUAUUUUGUGAUAAGUUUACGAUAUUUUUGUAAAUAUUUUUAUGUUGUAUCAUUUUGUAAGAUCGGUAACGGUUCGCGAACGGCUUAAGUGCCCGCACUUAACAUUGUUGUGAUAUGCGUCAAGCCCGAGCCGGGUGUAAAAAGCGUUAGUGCAUAGUGUAUAUUAUAUUUGUUCCUCAUUUGUUCUUAUUUCUUCACUUGUGAUCAGUUAGGUCUCGACUAAUACAGGCGUAUCUUGUGUACAUACUAUGUAGAUGACGAAUAGCUAUAAUUACCAGUACAUUCGAACGAAGGGUAGUAAGUUACAAGUACAAUGUUACUUUUUAGUAAUUUUUAAUAAGUAUUGUAUAGAGAAAGUGUAAAUAAGAGGAAUUAUUUGUCAUAAUAACUUGGUUAAGCGACAAAUCGUUUUAUUGUAGUCAUAGCGGUAGGAUGUACUUUAUAUAAUUUUAUGUAUUGUAUAUAAUAUAAGUUAUUCGGUGUGUGGGUUCGACGAGGUUGUUAUUGGAAGUGAAGAGUUGUUGUACGAUCCCCGUAAAGCGGCACGUUUUAACGUGACAAUGCACAUUUGUUAGCUUUAAUACUUUCAGCACAGCUUGGGUUUAAACGAAGUUUUAUUUGAUUCGUGUACGUUUUAUUUUUUUUUAUUUUUUAAUGGUGUGUUUCCAACGUAAAGCGAAAUCAGUCCGAAAGUAGAAAUAAGCAUCACAUUAUCAUCACAUUUUUAAAAUACCAGUUGAAUUUGCUUUUAAUGUUCAAUGUUCAUAGUGGAGAUGCAGGCGUUACAAGGAUAUAAUUUAUAGCUGCUGCACUCAAAAAGCAGUAUUAACGUAAUGUAUUUUAAAGUCAAUAGAUCAGAUUUAAAUAGAUUUUAGUAGUUUUAAAUUAAAAUUUGUACACCUACUUGCACUAAAGAUAAUAAUAGGAUAUUUGAUUCCUUGUGAAAUUUCGUAAUUCUUUUUUUUUCAAAAUAUUUUUUUUGUGCUGUGCUACGUUGACGAUAAAAUUAAAUCUUGAUAAGAGUAAAUAGUCAUUGUUUUAAAUUUUUAUACAAUUCGCUCUGAAAAAUAUAUAUUUCAUUUAUAGUAGCAAUUAACGUUUGAAUUUUUAUUGAUUCAAAUAUCCUAUUAACGUAUUCAAUAAUAACCAAAAAUAAUGUUUUAAUUCAACACUUACUACAUUUAUUAAAUUUAUGUUAAAUUAAAGUUAGCGAUGUUGGCCGUUUUAAGUAAAAAAAAAAAAAAUAUAUUUUUCAUUAGGCCUAUGUUAGAUGUAAAGCUUACAAAGUAGUUAUAAGUGUUGAAAUAAUAACA